CUGAACCUUUCUUCGAGGUACCAUUACAGGGGGGAGUGGAGCCGGAUAUCGUGGUAGUCCAGGCUAGGCCAGUAGAUACAUACCCUGUCAACAGUCAGGCGACAGGAACAAACAGAUUCUUCUCCCACGUCGUAUCGGAAGCAUUAGGUCUUCCCUCCUGUUUUGGUAAAUGUGGCGACAACGGAGGAGGGCUUGUAUUUGCUUAUAACAGCUCCACACUCCGACUAUGGGCAAACUCAAAUGGUAAAAUUAUUAGCACUAUUGGGUGGGGAAGAACGACGUCUGCCUUCACUUCCAUCUCGGUCCAAGUGCGUAUCCUGACUUGGCACUUCGAGAUAGACCCACACAAGUGCCUGCUGAAAUUUUCUUCACAGACAAUGUUUAACUCCACUACCACUCUCAUUCCUCCCUACCUGGAUUUUCCACACACGGAUUUAAGUUUGGUGCUUGUAAAGCUACGAGCACAGGAUGGAGUAAACGAGGGGUUUAACUUCUACGGGAGUGGAUCCGUCGUGUUGUCAGGGACGCACGGAGGUGGAUUUGUUUUCGGCUACUCUGUUGUAGAGGUGGUAACGUGGUUUUUAAACCCAAAACGUUCAGCAAAACACUUCCCGGUGUUUAAGAUCAUGUACCCAUGGGGAAAUGGAAAAUGGGCUCAGACGUCUAGCUAUAUUGAAAUAGAAAUCAACGUGUUUCCCUUUCUUGAAAAAAAUGUUCCAACUUGUGGUGACCCGCUUUGUGAAGAGGGAAAUAGUUUUCUGGUUUCCCAAAACCUUACUUACAUUGAGUAUAAUUGUCGUCCUGGAUACGUACACCAUUCCGGAGAUCUUGUUAAGUUCUGCAACGACAACAACACAUGGGAAGGACAAACAAACCAAGUCGUACAGUGUGUGGCAACUCCACCGACGUCUUUGUCUACAACACUGUCCGUAUCUUCAUCGACCGGUGCAUCCAUAUCAUUGGCUUCAGGAGUGUCGCCAACGUCUGAAUCCUUAUCGUCGUCAACGUCUGAAUCCUUAUCGUCAUCUGAAUCGUCGUCAACGUCUGAAUCCUUGUCGUUAUCUGAAUCGUCGUCAACGUCUAAAUCUUUGUCGUUAUCUGAAUCGUCGUCAGCGUCUAAAUCCUUAUCGGCAUCUGAAUCGUCGUCAACUUCGGAAUCCUUAUCGUCAUCUGAAUCGUCGUCAACGUCGGAAUCCUUAUCGUCAUCUGAAUCGUCGUCAACGUCGGAAUCCUUGCCGUCAUCUCAAUCGUCGUCAACGUCUGAAUCCUUGUCGUCAUCUCAAUCAUCGCCAACGUCUUCACCACAAACAUCGGCAUCAAUGAUAAAGGCCCCCAAGCACUGUCGUGUGAAUGGAACACACGGGAAUUAUUCGUGCAAUAUUGGUCCACAAGGGAUGUUGCACGUCUCCGAAUCUUUGACUUGCGAAUGUAACACAGGAUUUCAUUUAAAAUCUGGAGAUCUCGAGAGAACCUGUUUACAUGGGGGGACGUGGAGCGGAAGUGAACCUAUGUGUAUCGCCUCUGGGAGCUGUAUGUGUCCGUGUGACAGAGUGACUAACCCCAGUUACACAUCUCCUAAUGACGAGGCUCUACUGAAGGAAAUCCAGAGGAUGAAACAGGAACUACUAAUUCUCAAAAACAUAACUAACAAAGCCUUAAGAAAAAAGAUCUCAAUCCCAGACUUCCGGCCCAGUGCAAAUGUUUCCGGAACUCCGUGGGUGUUACUUCUGGUUGCCAUGGUUUUGUGGAUUGUUGUACCAGAUGUGUGGACAGUAAUUCAACAAUUGAAGAUUCUUAUAUUUCGGGCCAGGAUUUAAUUUUUCAUUAUUUGUAAAUGGUGCUGUAUACAAAACUUUUAUUGGUCAUA